AUGGUGAACGCCACUAAAGGAUUGUUCGUCUCUUGCGACAUACCUAUGGCGCAAUUCAUCAUCAAUUACAACAAUACACUGCCCCCUUCACAGCAAUUCAUAAUACAUGUCUUGGAUAGUACUCACCUGUUUGUGCAGCCCCAUGCAGCUGAAAUGAUAAGAUGCGCCAUUUCCGAAUUUAGAGAUCAGAAUUCUUAUGAGAAGCCUACUUGA